CUUGCAUUUACUCCCCAAACCCUAACCGAGCACAACUCAUUUUCUCCCAACUCUCCUCUUCAUCCUUCCCCGCCUCCGACCAGCACUUUUCUCUCUUCUCCUUCUCUCUCGCUUCCUUGUCCUUCCAAACCCUACUCUCUCUCUCUCUCUCUCAGUUUCUAGUUCACCAACCUCGAGAAAAUCGAGAGCUCCGCGGCUCCGAUUCAUUUCGCAGAGACCGAGGGAUUCGAGGUCGGAGAUUUCCCGACGGUGAGUUUGAAUUCGGAAUUGGUGCGGAAGCUGGAGUCGGCGCUUGGGGUUUCGCUGGGAGGCUCGGUGACGGACAUGGCGGUGGUGAUAGCGAUGACUUCAAUUGAGUUGAUAAUUGGGUUUUUGGUGGUGCUGUGGUGGAGAUCGUCUGAUAAGACUAGUCGGGUGGUGAAGCAGCUGGCAGUGCCGCUUAAGGAGGAGGAAGAUGAGUUUGAGGUUGCGUCGGGCAAGACUAGGGUGACUAUUUUCUCUGGGACUCAGACCGGCACCGCUGAAGAAGGAGCAAUGACAACUUGUAUACCAGCUGGAACUGGUAAACUGCAUUUCAGAGUAAGGGACUUCAACGCACGAGGCUGUAGAAAGGCUUCUUGGGUCACAUUUAGUGAGCUUUCACGGUCGUGUGGGGUUUCAAAGUGCUUGCAAAUUCAGAGAUGUAACUCCUCCUAAUUUCCAAUUAAUGAGAGCUCAAAGCCCUUAAGAACCAUCACUUCAUCAAGUUUGCGAGAUGGUUCCACUAAAUUCUUCGAUUUUACUGUUAUUGGUAGUGGAGUUGCUGGCCUCCGCUAUGCCCUGGAAGUGGCAAAACAUGGAUCUGUUGCUGUCAUUACCAAGGCUGAGCCUCAUGAAAGUAAUACAAAUUAUGCUCAAGGUGGUGUUGGUGCUGUACUGUGCCCUUCGGAUUCUGUGGAGAGUCAUGUCCAGGACACCAUUGUAGCAGGAGCUUAUCUAUGUGAUGAGGAGAUUGUCAGAGUAUGUUAUAGAACCAAUUGUAAACAGGAUUGGUGGAUCUGGUAUGGAUCUCAGAAGCAAAGCAAGGGUAA